AUGUUUUGGGGUUGUACCCGGGGGGGAGGGAGGAAAAAUAAAUUGAAUGGAAACUUUCUCGUUGCUCUCAGCGUGCUGCAUGCCAGGAGACCCCUGCACACAGCCCAGCAGUGCUUGGCUCCUGUGCCACCUCUGCCUGAGAAGGGAGGAGAAGUACGUCAUGGUCUGAUCCCUGAGGAGUUUUUUCAGUUUCUCUAUCCUAAAACAGGAGUUACAGGGCCUUACAUGUUGGGCACUGGACUCCUGCUGUAUCUUCUCUCUAAGGAAAUCUAUGUCAUUAACCACGAGACAGUUGCAUCUUUCUGCAUAUUGUCAGUCAUUAUUUAUGGUGUAAAAAAGUUUGGGGCUGAUGUAGCAGCUUUUGCUGACAAACUUAAUGAGGAAAAAGUUGCUAAGGCUUUAGCUGUGAAAAACGAGGCCAUUAAGGACCUGGAGACAGCCAUUGAGCAGGAGAAGAAGGAGCAGUGGAGGGUCGAGGGCCGCUCCUACCUCUUCGAUGCCAAGCGGAACAACAUUGCCAUGCUGCUGGAGGCCAACUACCGGGAGCGGCUGCUGACCGUGUACAACGAGGUGAAGAAGAGGCUGGACUACCAGGUGGCCAUGCAGAACCUGAAGCGCCAGAGGGAGCAGGACCACAUGAUCCAGUGGGUGGAGAAGAGUGUUGUUCAGAGCAUCACACCUCAGCAGCAGAAGGAAAGCAUUGCCAAGUGCAUCCUGGACCUGAAGGCGCUAUCCAAGAGCGCACAGGCAACAGCGUGA